CUCUGCCGGCGGCCCGUCCCCUUCGUGCCCGGAGGGAGGAACCGCCGGGAGGGGAGCCCCGUCGCCAGGGCAGGAAAGGACCGGGACGGCUAGACUUUGGAUCCCAGCCUCGCCCUUUGCCUCUCGGGCCGCUCAGCAGCCGCGAUGCGGGAAACCCUCUUUAAGGACAACUUCUGGACAACAGACUUGAUCAGCACAGCCGGAUAUGACAACAUUGUCCAACACUUGAACGACGGCAGGAAGAACUGCAAAGAAUUUGAAGACUUUUUGCGAGAAAGGGCUUCUGUAGAAGAGAGAUAUGGGAAGGAUCUGAUCAACCUGUCACGGAAGAAACCCUGUGGGCAGACAGAGCUAAACACCCUCAGAAGAGCACUGGAGGUCUUCAAGCAACGAGUGGAGACUGUUGGCCAAGUCCAUAUGCAGCUAGCCCAGAAUCUCAGGGAAGAAGCGAAGAAAAUGGAGGAUUUCAGAGAAAAACAAAAACUCCACCGUAAAAAGAUUGAACUAAUAAUGGACUCCAUUCACAAAACCCGGAAUCUGCAAUACAAGAAGACCAUAGAAGCCAAGAGGCUCUAUGAACAGCGAUGCAGGGACAAAGACGAAGCAGAGCAAGCCGUUCAUCGGAGCACCAACUUGGUCACACCGAAGCAGCAGGAGAAGCUGUUCGUGAAACUCGCUCAGGCCAAAUCUGCCUUGGAGGACUCAGACAGGGUGUACCAGAACAACAUCAACGCUCUGGAGAAGAUCAGGGAAGAAUGGCAGAACGAACACAUCAAGGCUUGUGAGUUCUUCGAGAGUCAAGAAUGCGAGCGGAUCAACUAUUUUCGGAACGCUAUGUGGUUGCAUGUCAACCAGCUGUCGGAAGGUUGUGUCAAGAAUGAUGAUAACUACGAAGAGAUCCGCAAAGCCCUCGAGCAGUGCAGCAUCGGGAACGACAUCGAGUGUUUUGUACAUAUUCGCAAGACCGGCAACCUCCCUCCAGAUCCAGAUACUGGGUAA